ACGAAUUCUCCCAGGAACAAAGAAAGAAAACCCUAACCCUCGCGUACGUAUCGCCGCCGCCGCCGCCCCCGAAUUCGCCAGCCCCGAAUCCGUCUACAUGACCUAAUUACUACACCCCCAAAUCCAAUUCGGACUCGAUGCUCUUACAAUUUAUAUUUAUUCAGCCGGCUCGAUCGAUCUCUUCAUACAAAUAUUUCGUUUUUGCAGAUCCAUAGAUUUGCAAAUCUAAGUGAUUCCUCCUGCAGAGCGCAAGUUCGAUCUACGAAUUCGGAGUUUCAGGACUUAUGGCUCUCUCUCACGAGGAGGUGGAGCAGGAGGAGGAGGACGAUGAUCUUGACGACGGCCCCCUAAGCCCCGAGGAUGUGCUGCGGUUUGUUGAGAGUGUUGGUUCCGUGGAGCCUGCCAAGAGGAAACUGUUGAUGAAAGACACUAUGGGGGUUCCGCCCGAACCCUAUGACUGGCCCAACAUCUGCCCGCUCCCGGGGUCGUCUAGAGAUCGGAGGCUUGCGUGUGAUCUUUACUGGCACCAGGCCUACCAGAUGAAUCAAGUCUCUGAGACUUGCCUGCCUCCUAUGCGGUAUACUCGCUGUUGCAACGAAGCUUCAACUGGGCAGCAAAGGUGUUUUCACAAGCCGCGCCCUAUACUCCAACUCUUCUCUACCAUGGUGCAUACCUUUCUGGAAGAUUGCACCGGACCGGUCGAGGUAUACGGUUAUAUUGCGGUCCGUGACGACGAGGAUUAUCGCCGCAAUUAUCUUUUCAACCGAUCCCGAGAUGACCCGCUCACUAUCAAUUCGGCCGGCGACUAUCUGCGCUUGUUGAGCCCCAAAAGAGGCAUCUCGAUGAAAUUCGAUUGCCUAGUUGAAGUGGAUAUUAGAACAAAGGCAUCAUCGGGUGAUAGUAGAGGUGAUAAAAAUCUUGUUGACGGAUGCUUCGACCUAAUCGAGGGCCGGUCUAGUUUCGACGUCCUUUCUAGAAUCAAAAUGGAAGGUGAACAUGGUGCUCUUGUUUUUAAUUUUAUCAUAUUUCGAGACAGUGUCGAGGCGACCAUACAUAUGAACUUUUUGGAAGUGCCUGGAGAUGGGUUUGAUAUAAAGAUGUGUGGGUACACUGCCAUCUGGAAGAACUUGUAUGCCUUCAUAGACGAUAAAGAAUGCGACUGCAAUAGCUUCGUGUCUUCAACUGGGAGCUUUUCACAAUAUUUUGUAGCAGCUGUGCAGAUGGAUGACACACUGUUUAUUGAUUUUAUGGAGGGGAGUAUGCCAAUUUCAUUUAAAGCGGAUAUUCAUGGCAGUGAAGAAAAAGAAUAUUAUUUCUGUAAUAGUGCUUUGGUGUCUGUGAAAGUGUCUUGGUCGACAGUCCUCUACUAAGGAAUAUAUAUGUAUAUAUGUUGGAGGAAUUAAAUAAUAUUUGCAGAGGAAGAGAACAAAACGUGUGCUUAUUGGUGUAC